AUGCCAGGAGUCAAUGGCUUUUCACCCCAGGAGAUUGCAGGCCUGACUUCUCGAGCGGGCAUUGCGAAAUCUCAUCUCAGAUGGGGCGAACUGAUUGUCAAAUCCUUUCUCGGUGGCGUCUUUAUCUCUCUCGGCGGUCUUGUCGACCUCAUCGUCUUAGCCGGUAGUCCAGGUCUACGGUCUUCAAAUCCUGGACUCGCAACACUCAUCGCCGGCUUCACAUUUCCUCUGGGCUUCGUGCUCAUCACCCUCACGAAUAUGGAGUUGUGUACAAGCAACAUGUUUGUCAUGCCCUUCACCGCCCUCCAACGCAAAAUCUCCAUCUUGGAUAUGGUCAAGAACCUCGUGGUUUCGUAUCUUGCGAACCUGUGUGGUUGUUUGUUCGUCGCUGGCUUUUUGGGCUGGUGGAGCGAUGUGUUCGAUACAGAUACCAUGAGCUCUUACACCGUCACCCAAGCCGAAAACCGCGUCAAUGUGCAAUGGUCUGUCAAUUUGCUCCGCGGCGUCGGUUGCAAUUUCUUCGUUGCAAUGGCUUUCUUCUUGUCCAUUGGAGCUGUGGAGUUUGUGUCCAAGGUCUACACCAUUUGGAUCCCUGUCUGGGCUUUUGUCAUUGCUGGAUAUCAACACAGUAUCGCCAACUACUUCUUGGUACCUAUCGGCAUGUUCUACGGCACAAAUUUUGGAGUUGGAAAGUUUAUCUAUCAGAGUAUCAUCCCUGUUACUAUCGGCAACCUGAUCGGUGGUAUUGUUAUGGCCAGUGUACCGUUCUGGUACUUGUACGGAAGAGAAGAGCAGGUGGCACCGAGUGUGCAGACUGGACAACCUGUUGCUGAAGAUGAGAAGGUCAAGAAAAGAGGAAGCAGAAGUCCGGAUAGCGAUGAUGAGACUGUGUUUAGUGGACAGGGAUCGUCGAGUUCUGGGUUGAGAUAUGAUCGCACUGACAUGGCUCAGGCUGCUUGA